CAUAUAUAUUUAAUAGAGUGGUAAAUACAGAAACAGAAUUCAGAAGAAGAAAACGAAAAGGGGCGAUUGCUUAUUUUAUUCUUAAGAAUUAUAUUUGUUUGAAUAAGAAAAUAUAAAAAUAACAAUGUUUGGUGUGUUUUAGUUAAUCUUUAAUCAAAAAUUAUGAAUAUCCAUCGACCGCGUGGAACUUUAGCUAGAGCUAUAUUUGAAAAGGUACACAAUGAUCAGUAUCUUGAUGAAUUUGAUACCCGAUUGUGGUACCGAUUAGUACAUAAACUACCAGAUAACUUUCAAUCAAAAUUCGUGCCUCUUGAUCAACCAGAUGAUAUUACAGUUGAUUGGCUGGAAAAGGCUAAGGAACUGUCUGCUAACAUUUGGAUACAACUAUGGCACACUUUAGCCAGAACAAUUUUACAAUUUUUUAUGACACAGACUGAUAUUAAUGGAUUUCUGAAGCGUGGUUCAAUGUUUAUUUUAUCAGAUAACCAGUUCGCAAAACUAUUGAAAGCUGGAAACUUUGAUGUUCAUAGUUUUAUUACGAACGGACAUCAGACGGUUGAUAUCUUGGACAUAGGAGCAGGUGAUGGAGAGAUUUCAGUACGAUUAAUUGAUUCUGUGAUAAAACUAAAAAAAGAUGCCAAAGUACGAGUAUACGCAACAGAAACUAGUUGGACCAUGCGUGAACGACUGGAAAAGAGAAAUUUUACAAUCAUCGAUAAAAUAAGUAAUAUUCAAAAUGUCCCCCUCGUUGCUUGCUUAAACGUAUUGGAUAGAUGCAUAGACCCAUAUGAACUACUACAAGACAUCUACAAUGUUUUGGCUCCAAAUGGACGAGUAAUAAUAGCCCUUGUAUUGCCAUAUGUCCACUAUGUGGAAUUCAAUACUUCGCAUUUGCCAAUACGACCACUCAUGGCACAUUGGCCAGAUAAAGCUAAACAGUUCUCUUUUGAAGCCGAAGCGAUUAUAUUUUUUGAAAUGCUAGAGAAUUUUGGCUUCAAAGUAGAAUCGUGGACAAAAGCACCAUACCUGUGUGAAGGCGAUCUAAGGCAAUCUUUUUAUUGGUUAAUCGAUCUCGUUGUUGUUCUAUCAAAAAAAUAACUUUGUGGUGAACUUCUAGAUAUCUUCUACCUCUUUAUUUUUUAUUUUUUUCUGGUUUGUAAUUUUGUCUGACUGCAUAUUUAUUUUUAAAUAAAAUCCUAAACAAAUUAAGGCUCAAAUUUAAGUAGCAUUUAUUAAGAAUAAAAAAAUGUGUUACAUUUUAAAUUUAAUAAAUUCAUUAAAUAAAAUAUGUUUAUUAAAAAGGAA